AUGAGUGCUGUUGACUAUCUGCUCGCCUGCUCCGACAGUCCGUACGAGAUAAUCGUAUUGACCGAAACCUGGCUUGACAAUCGUACGUGCUCUCGGCAGAUAUUUGGGCCUAAUUAUGAGGUGUUCCGUUGCGACCGCAGCAUACACAAUAGUCGCAAAAGCACAGGAGGUGGCGUCUCGAUAGCAGUCCAUCACCAGUUCAAAGCGUCUAUCGUCGAAAAUGACAACUGGCUGCCCGUCGAGCAAGUGUGGGUGACGGUAAAGCUUGCAGACCGGAGGCUGUUCUUGUGUGCACUAUAUCUGCCUCCUGAUCGCAUCCGUGAACCCGUUAUUUUGAAUGCUCAUAUGAAUUCAGUUACUGCAAUAGCUUCAAUGGCGUCUCCAGUAGACGAGAUAAUAGUUAUGGGCGAUUUCAAACUGCCUGGGUUAAAGUGGCGCGGACGAGGCAAUGGUUUCAUGUACGUUGACUCUAUCUCGUCGUCUCUAUCCCCACUCACUAACGAGUUACUCGACUGCUACAGCACUGCCACCAUGCAACAAGUUAACAACAUUGCUAACGAAAACGGUCGCUUUCUCGAUUUAUGCUUUGCUAGUGUGCAAGUUCAGGCUCCCGAAAUAGCGAUGGCUCCUUCCCCUCUAGUUAAGGACGUUCCACAUCAUCCACCCUUGCUGGUUACUAUCCGUCAACAAAUACAUCUUGACGUGACUAGUGCACCACCGAUCGUCUACUAUGAUUUCGCCCGUGCGGACUUCAGGGAAAUCCAAAGAACCCUGACUAGCAUCAAUUGGGAUGCAGUUUUGGACAAGGAUGAUGUUAAUUCUGCCGCAAUGACUUUCUCCAACAUCCUGAACUACGCUAUCGAUCGACAUGUCCCAAAAAGAACCAUGCCCGCUCUGAAGCAGAUACCCUGGGUAAACGCUAUAUUACGACGUCUGAAAUCCGAGAGAAAGAUCGCUCUCAAGAAAUUUUCAAAAUAUCGAACAUUGCCACUCCGUAACCACUACUUGUCGAUCAACACGCGUUACAAACGAUUGAGUCGCUCCUGUUUCCGGAAUUACCUGAGCAACAUCGAACGUAGACUGAAAAGGAAUCCCAAAUCCUUUUGGAAGCACGUCAACGAGCAGCGGAAGGACAACGGGCUUCCUUCGGUAAUGUUCCUGGGUAGUGAAACUGCCAGUAACACAGAACAGAUUUCCCAACUAUUCGCGCGGAAAUUCUCCAGCGUAUUUACUGACGAAAGAUUGACAAGAGAAGAAAUUUCCGCAGCCAUCCAGUGCGUCCCCGUACUUAGCAAUUGCUUAACUCACCUUUCCAUCGACGACGCGAUGGUCAUAUCAGCCGCCGCGAAGCUAAAAUCCUCUCGUUCUUCUGGACCGGAUGGUAUUCCGUCUGUUCUGCUGAAACAGUGUAUCAACGCCUUGGCUGCUCCGAUGAACCACCUGUUCAGUUUAUCAAUCAUAGCUACACGUGACGGAGAUGACAGCCCCGCGGGUGCGGCCACCUGUGAGGAAAGAUGCGGACGACUGCCGCCGGAUGAUGGUGUUGCCGGUGACGACGACGACGACGACGACGACGACGACUACGACCGAGCACGGCAGCGGCAUUUCACAUAA